AUGGCCGAAGUCUUGGGUUUAGUAACCGCCAUCGGCGCCAUUCUUACGUCCGGCUUUCAAGUUGCGACCGCAAUUUCAACCAUUGUGGAUGAUCUUGGGACAGCGGGGGCGCAAGUUCAAGCGAUCGCAGUUGAGACGCAAACAAUUUUAUUGACACUUCGCUCGAUCAAUCAGCAUCUUAUCAGAGCUCACCGCGUCACAACCGAGGUCGCAAAUAUCGUCCAAGAUAUCAUCACGCUAUGCAGGAAAGAUAUUGAUGACAUCAAAGAGUGCAUGGCGCCCUUACUUGGGAAGCGUGCCGAGGAGAUACUGCUGAAGCACAAACUGCGCUGGCUUUUUGCCAAGUCCAAAGUUUCAACGAGGCAGGCUUCGCUGAACUCGCUGAAAUUGACGUUGGGGCUCUUCCUACAAGCACUUAAUCUGAUGGAACAAGAUCACCUUGAGGACUAUAUGCAGGUUGUAGUCCGACAACAGAUUUCGGAGUCUCAAAACGUCAAGAAGGCGUUCAUGGAGGCUGAGAGAAGAGAUCAAGCCCUUGAAAAGACGUACGAACCGUCUCAAAGCAUCUCAUCGCCGAAAAUGAUUGAUCAAUCUGGCCCUGCGGCCGAAAAGCUGCCGCAAACUAUCCGCACUACUACGGAGGAUAUUGAGGAAAUUGACCGCGACAAAUCAGUUAACGGGACAAUGGUGAAAGUUCUACAUUAUCAGUCUGAAGACGGUAGCUCGGAUGGAGAGGGCUUCGACCUUCUGCCGAGUCAUCAGUCGCGGCUAGACCAGACAAAUUCGGCCAUCAGCCUUAUCGAUGACAUUUCUGACGACCAAUUCAUGGUUAUCGCUGACCAUAUGCGCUUACAAAAGACCGUUUCGAGCUUUGCACUGGUUGUCAUAAACCAGAGACAAGAGACAGGACCAGAUGAUGCGGUGGAAGAUACCCCCACUGUUGUACCUCCAUCGGAUAAUCUUCCUGGAGCCUGGACGACAUUUGAUUCAAGCAGAAAUGCUCAGCAGACACCUGGAGCGCGUCGUAGUGCAGCAGGACGCUACACGCCACAGUCUGAGAGUAGUGAAUGGGAGCCUAGAUACCCAGAAAACACGGCUCCAGAAUAUCCACCUCCGCACUCAGGUCCCAGGCGCGGUGGCUCGGACAACCCGCAUUUUGGCUCUUACCCCCCUUACCCAAGGUCGACUCCAUCUCCCUCCGAAUUCCAAUUUCCCAUGCCUGACACAGAAAAGUUGAGAUUGCAGGAGGAGUUGGCAUUGUUACGCAAUGAACUAGCAAAACGUGAAGAGGAGGAAAAAGCAAGAGAAGAGAUGAUAAAGAGGCGGGAAUUGGAGGAGAGUAUUAGAAAAGACGCCGAAACCGCCAUCGCAGGACAAAUGGAAGCAUUGCGGGAGGCUCAGGAAGAUGCAAGAACGGAGCUAGAGAAAGUCAAGCGUGAAGCUGAGCAGGGUGUCAGAGAUGCGGUGGAGGCUGAGAGAAAUGCAGAAGAACAAAGACAGAAGAUUUACCAAGAGGCGACGAUUCGUGCUGAAAGGGAGGCCAAACAAAAAUUCGAGGCAGAACUAAAGGCUGUAGCAGACGUACAAGAAGCCAAACAAAAGUACGAGGAAGAAAUGAGGGUCAAGGAAAAGGACGAACAGGAACUAAGGGCUGCAACGGAAGCAAAUAGCCAAAGCAGUUUUAUGAAGCUCUUUCGCCGAAAGAAAGUCGACCACCAAGGAAAUCGGUAG